AGAAUCGGAAGCAUCUGGAAGCAAGCAGUAGGCCACGUGGUGGUGUGAAAACUAGAAAGAAACAAAUAAUUUGAGUGGCGGGGAUUGUUCAAUCGUAAUUUCAAGAAAAGCAGAGUUCAAAACACACUUGAAAUUCAGUUAAAUCAAUGGCCACUUCUAUUUCAAUUCCUUCCUUCUUAAGUAACCCUCUUCAUUUUCACUCUUUAAAAACCCAUUCCCAUCUAAUUUCUUUCUCCAACAUUAACAUUUUACCCAUUUCUUCCAUCUCUUCCACUACUAAACCCAAAUCCACUUCUAAGAUAAUGGCAGUUAAUGAAGGAAUUACAGAAGUAAAAGUGGACGAUAAUAAUAAUAAUAAUAAUAAUUCCAAGAAGAAAAUAUUUGUUGCUGGAGCAACUGGAAGUACUGGUAAAAGAAUUGUGGAGCAGCUACUGGCUAAGGGGUUUGAGGUGAAGGCUGGCGUUAGAGAUUUAGAAAAAGCUAAAGCUGGAUUUUCUAAAGAUAAUCCAUCUCUUCAGUUUGUGAAAUUUGAUGUAACUGAGGGAUCUGCUAAGUUAGGUGAUGCAAUAGGAGAUGAUUCUGAGGCUGUAAUAUGUGCCACUGGGUUUAGGCCUGGCUGGGACUUGUUUACUCCAUGGAAGGUUGAUAAUUUUGGAACUGUAAACCUCGUGGACGCUUGUCGUAAAAAGGGUGUAAACAGAUUCAUUCUCAUCAGCUCAAUUUUAGUAAAUGGUGCAGCAAUGGGUCAGAUAUUCAAUCCAGCUUACAUCUUUCUGAAUGUGUUUGGACUGACCUUAAUUGCUAAGCUUCAGGCAGAGCAUUAUAUCCGAAAGUCCGGUAUUAACUACACAAUUAUUAGACCCGGUGGGUUGAAAAAUGAUCCCCCAUCUGGAAAUGUUGUUAUGGAACCAGAGGAUACUCUUUACGAAGGUUCUAUAUCGAGAGAUUUGGUUGCAGAAGUUGCUGUUGAGUCAUUAGUCCAUCCAGAAUCAUUUUACAAAGUUGUCGAAAUUGUCUCUCGAGCUGAUGCUCCGAAGCGCACGUACAAGGAUCUUUUUGCUUCCAUCAAGCAGAAGUGAAACAGAACUUUUGCGUAGACACGGAGUAAGUUUCUCAUUCUUGGAUGGCUUUAUCUUGCUGGUCACUUGGUUCCUUUAUUCAGUACGUAUUAUGAUAGCACAAAAACUUAUGGAGUUAAGAGAUUCAGCGUUCAGUUUCAUUUCCGAGCUUUCAUAGUCUAGAAUAAGAGCAUGUAAUUGUUGUACUGAUUUUAUAGUUUCAUUAUUUUCACAUACACAAAAAAAUGAUGGACUAUGUAGCACGGAAACGGGACACUUAGAUACGGAUAUGGCAGUAUUAUUUUAACAUACUUUUAUGUUAAAAAUAAAGUUUUUCUCAGAAA